AUGGAUAUCGACGACCUUCUCGCGGAGGUCUCCGUCGACUCCACGCCAAGAGAGACACGCGAUCUGCAGGAAUUGACACGGUGUUGGGUCGCGGAGAGGGUUGCGCCCGAGAUAUUACCGUGGCCUGAGGAGCUCAUGGAGAGGGUGUUGGAGCGGAUUAGGAGACAGAUUGAACUUGUCGAAGACCAGACGGGCGACAUGAACCCGAAGACGAAUUUCAAGCUCAUCAUUAUACAGACGGAGCUUGAGCGGUUCAAGUUCUUGGUUCGCAGUUUUCUGAGGGCGAGGAUAAAAAAGAUCGACGCACACCCUCUACACAUCCAAUCGCUACAUACGGCCUCUCUCGCAACGACCUCCCCCCUUCUCUCGCCAUCCGAACACCAAUACCUGACGUCGCAUCAAGCGCUCCUCUCCUCACACUACACGUCCUCGUUCCUCUCGCAGUUCCCGGCGUCGUUACAACGGCUCGAUGAUACCACGGGUGGCAUAAGCAUGAUUGAUAAGCCCGACGAGGACAAAGCGGUCUUCGUCAGGGCUUUGCGCGAUGUGGGAGAGAUAUUCGUGGAAGGAACAGAUCGGCGGUUUGAGAUGAAGAGGGGGGAUGUCUGGGUUGUGAGAUGGAGUGCGGUGAGGGCUUGGUGUGUGGGGUGCGGUACGGGAGAUGUUGAGUUGAUAUGA